CACGCUAGGAUAAAAGGAAAGGGAAACCAAAGAAAUCACAGGGCACGUUAGAAUGAGAUAAACAUACGUUGACGGCUUCCCUAAAUCCAGUCACAUUUGCCAGUCACCUGAAAACGUGAUAGAUGUGGGUGGGUGUGCUAUAGUAGGAGUGUAAGUGGAGAAAAGCUGAUUGCAAUGCACAGGCUCGUACUCUGUACAUCACACCAGCAUAACUAAUGCGUCGUUCACAGUAGAGCAGGCAGAAAUCAGGUAGCUCGUCACUGAAGGUGCAUCUUCUCUGCCAGUUCGCUAGUGUAUUUUUACCGACUGUUUGACUCGACUGCCAAAUGUUCUGUGCGAGAAGAAUUUUCUUGGCACUUUGAGUUGCACGUUGUAUGCACCGGUAUUUCGCGACUUUUUUUCUACCUGUUUACGGUCGACAUUUCCUUCAACAUACUGACACACAGAGACUUUCUUAAAAAACACAAUUUUGAAGAUAGCUCUUAAAAAAACAUCAAGGAUGGAUAACAGUCCAGGGGGUGUGAUACUCUACGCUGGUUCAAAUGGCAGUGCCAGUCCCAGCCCAGGAAGCCCCUCUAGUGGCUAUCAAACCCAGUCUCCAUCCUCCCACUCCCAGCCCUCGUCCCCAGAGGAGGUCACCUUCACUGAGAUUGGGACCCUCAAGCAACGGGGAGGUAGAGGAUCCCCAUCAUCUCCAAAACUGGUCUUUCAGUUCCCUGAAGUCCACAACAACUCCACAGCAGGUUCAAACCAGCACAGCUACUCCCAUCCCAUCGCUGGCAAUAGACCUUGUGGAUUUACGAAAACUGGAGGCAUGGUGCUUCUUUGUAAAGUAUGUGGAGAUAUUGCAUCAGGGUUCCACUAUGGUGUCCAUGCAUGUGAAGGCUGCAAGGGUUUUUUCCGCCGUAGCAUUCAGCAGAACAUCAACUACAAGAUGUGCGUGAAGAAUGAGAACUGUCUGAUCAUGCGCAUGAACCGCAACCGUUGCCAACACUGCCGCUUCAAAAAAUGCAUGUCUGUUGGCAUGUCCCGUGACGCUGUGCGCUUUGGCCGCAUCCCGAAACGAGAGAAACAACGGUUGUUGGACGAGAUGCAAAGCUACAUGAACAGCCUCAACGAAUCGUCCACCAUGUCUGUGGAAACCUCCCCACAACGCGAACCUCCUCAAAGUCCCUGCGAGAGCCAAUCCAAAGAGGCCAUUGGUGUCUUAUCCCGAGCCUACCAGGACAUCUUCACAAACACACAGGACCACCUGAACAAGAGGGUGGGCAACAUCAACACCAGCAAUGGAUCAAGCACUUUUCAAAACAGCACUUCUCAGGACUCCACCUACCAUCAUGCUAACCCACUUGCGGGGUAUCACUCAGCUUCCCACGAAAGCUUCUCGACUCCACCUCGCUGCCCAGUUUCUUCUAAUGAGAGCAAAUGCCCAGUCUCAUUGAUGGACAACAAUCGAUACAGCUAUGCUCCUUCAUUCAACCGAAAUCACUCCCAAUCUAGUGUAAGCCCAUCCCCACAGCCCUCUCAGGCCAAUCACAACAGCUACCCAGUUGCCGAGUCCCAAAGCCAGACCUCGUGUCCGAUGAAGUUGGCUGCUGGCUCCAAAGUGCUGGCCUGUCCAUUGAAUGCAUGCCCCGUGUCAGCACCUGGCGUCUCGAGCCAGCAGGUGUGGGAAACUUUCUCGCAGUGCUUCACCCCAGCUGUACGUGAAGUUGUCGAGUUUGCGAAGGGCAUUCCAGGCUUCCAAGAGCUCUGCCAGCAUGAUCAAGUCAUGUUGCUUAAAGCAGGCACCUUCCAGGUGCUUAUGGUGAGGUUUUGCUCCCUAUUAAACCCAAAAGAAAGAACUGUGACUUUCCUAAAUGGGCAGACAUACCCGCUGGCAACCCUUAGGGGAAUGGGCAUGGGCUCGUUGCUGGAUACAAUGUUUGAGUUCAGUUCAAAGCUUUGCUCACUGGGCCUGGAGUCAGACGAGAUGGCACUUUUUAUGGCUGUGGUGCUGGUUUCUGCAGAUUGCUCUGGCAUUUCGGAUACAGUGGCUGUUGAACAGUUACAGGAGGGCCUCAUCCGGGCGUUGCGCACCUUAGUGACCCGUCGUCGCCCAGACAACAGCUCCCUCUUUCCCAAAUUGCUCCUGUGCCUGCCAGACCUGCGCACUCUCAACAACCUUCACUCCGACAAGCUGCUGGCCUUCCAUAUUGACCCCUGAUCUAUUCUGAUUAGACACUGCAGCUGCCACUCAACCAAAAGCCAUCGACCGGCCAAUAAGAGAACACCUUCCCUGAUUUAGGGUGCACAAUGCUCAUUUAGAUGGAGAUGCGUUGAGCACGUUCCCAUAGGAACUAUUGAUUUAUGUUAUGUGUUAAUAAAAAGGAGCACAAUGAACAGAUGGCUAGACAUGCCGAAAACAAGACUAAAUCUCCAUUUAAGCUUCUUCUGAUCGCAUUUAUAAAUGCAUUGCCCAUUCACCCUCUGCCCUUCUGUGCAACUGGCCUCAAGAGCGUUGUUUAUAUUUAUAUCAAAUCAUAAAUAAGCUCACAGCAGAACUUUUAAAGACCAAAAAUGGGUCAUUCCUUUUAUACUACCUGCAAACCCUGUAGUCUGCAAUUCAAAAAGAGCCUUUAGUCAGCAAGUUCGCAAUGUAUACAGUAAAAUGACAAUUUUAGGGACCAUUUUUAAGCCAGUUGUGUGAGGAUUUGUGCCUGUGUGUUUGAGAAAGGGACGGAAAUACCAUGUAAAUAAGCCAUAAAUAUAACUUUAUACAUCAGUUUCAAAUAUUAAACAAUUCAUGUAUCACCUGUGUUAGUAUGUAACAUAUAAUUGCACAAAAUUAAUGUAUCUACAAGAACAUGAACUCUAGUUACCAUUUAAGUUCUUUGAAAAUGAAAGAAAGUGAUUUUAAAAUGCCAUUUCACUUUUGAAAUCUGGACAAUACAAGUGUCAUUUGUUCAUUUUGCAUUUUUUUUUUUUAUUGCAGUAUCAAGUAUUAUACUGAAUUCAGUAUGUCACGUGUAUUACCACCUCUUUGAAUAUAUCUGAAUCUAGGAAUACAAAACCAGCAGACAUUGUCUCCUACGCAUGUUUUGUAGGGUUAUUCCCCCCUGCUGUUUUCUUACUGUAAAUGUUGCACAAUGUCUAAAUUGUCUAAUUUAACUGCCCAGUUGCACCAGGAAAUACUCUGAUCAGAGAACAAGGGAUAUGCAGUUGCGUGUUUGACUUGAGAUGGGGCGUUUGGUGCCUUGGAAAGGACUGUUAAUUUGUGUAUUUUGGGAAAGAGCCCCUGAUCUUCUGGCACCAGCAUAAUCCCUUCACGGAGAUCACAGAGCAUGUGAAGAAAAAAUGUUGGACUACCAUCUUCAUGUGGUUUAUUUGAGUGGUUGAACUGAUUGUUAUGAUUGUUAAAAUAGUGUUAUUCAAUCAUAUGGGGAUGUAUAUUUUGUAAAUUAUUUUAUGCUGUA